AUGGGGAACCAGCUGGCCGGCAUCGCCCCCUCGCAGAUCCUCUCGGUGGACAGCUACUUCUCGGACAUCCAUGACUUCGAGUACGACAAGAGCCUGGGCAGCACCCGCUUCUUCAAGGUGGCCCGAGCCAAGCACCGGGAGGGGCUGGUGGUCGUGAAGGUGUUCGCCAUCCAGGACCCGACCUUGCCGCUGACGAGCUACAAGCAGGAGCUGGAGGAGCUGAAGAUCAGGCUGCACUCAGCGCAGAACUGCCUGCCCUUCCAGAAGGCCACCCUGUCCGAGAAGGCCGCGAUGCUCUUCCGGCAGUACGUGCGGGACAACCUCUACGACAGAAUCAGCACCAGGCCGUUCCUGAACAACAUCGAGAAAAGGUGGAUCGCCUUCCAGAUCCUCACUGCGGUGGACCAGGCGCACAAGUCUGGGGUCCGCCACGGGGACAUCAAAACAGAGAACAUCAUGGUAACCAGCUGGAACUGGGUUCUUCUAACUGACUUUGCUAGCUUUAAGCCAACUUAUCUCCCUGAGGACAAUCCUGCUGACUUCAAUUACUUCUUUGACACGUCACGGAGGAGGACGUGCUACAUCGCCCCCGAGCGCUUUGUCGACGGCAGCAUGUUCGCUACCGAGCUGGAGAACGCGCGGGACCCUUCAACUCCUCUGGUGGACUUGGCAAGCAGCAACCAGCGCACGCGAGGGGAGUUAAAACGUGCCAUGGAUAUCUUUUCUGCAGGCUGUGUGAUAGCAGAGCUCUUCACAGAAGGCGUACCGUUGUUUGAUUUAUCUCAGCUUCUGGCUUAUAGAAAUGGCCUCUUUUCCCCGGAUCAAGUCCUAAACAAAAUUGAAGACCGCAGUAUCAGAGAACUGGUGACUCAGAUGGUCCAUCGCGAGCCAGAUAAACGUUUAGCAGCUGAAGAUUAUUUGAAACAGCAACGUAACAAUGCAUUUCCUGAAAUAUUUUACACUUUCCUUCAGCCUUACAUGGCCCAGUUUGCCAAAGAAACGUUUGUAUCAGCCGAUGAGCGUAUCCUGGUCAUACGUAAAGAUCUGGACAACAUCCUGCACAAUCUCUGCGGGCACGAUCGCACAGAGAAAGCCGAGGGAGAGACCAAGGAGAAUGGGCUGGUUAUUCUGGUGUCUGUCAUAACUUCCUGUUUACAGACUCUCAAAUACUGUGAUUCGAAACUGGCUGCUUUGGAACUGAUUCUUCAUUUAGCUCCAAGAUUAAGUGUAGAGAUUCUUCUGGAUCGUAUUACUCCUUAUCUGUUACAUUUCAGCAACGACUCUGUGCCCAGGGUGAGGGCAGAGUCUGUGAGGACACUAACUAAAGUUCUGGCUCUCGUCAAAGAGGUGCCGCGCAACGACAUUAACAUUUACCCAGAGUACAUUCUGCCAGGCAUCGCACACUUGGCCCAGGAUGAAGCCACCAUCGUCAGGCUGGCAUAUGCCGAAAACAUAGCGUUGUUGGCAGAAACAGCUUUGAGGUUCCUGGAGUUAGUACAGCUGAAAAAUCUGAAUAUGGAAAGUGAACCAAAUGGUGAAGAAAUGGAUGAAGCAUCUCACCCUAGUGAUAAUUAUGACACAGAGCUGCAAGCCCUGCACGAAAUGGUCCAGCAGAAAGUUGUGACUUUGCUAAGUGACCCAGAGAAUAUCGUGAAGCAGACGCUGAUGGAGAACGGAAUAACGCGUCUCUGUGUCUUUUUUGGGCGCCAGAAAGCCAACGAUGUUCUUCUGUCUCAUAUGAUCACCUUCUUAAAUGAUAAGAAUGACUGGCAUCUGCGAGGAGCUUUCUUUGACAGUAUUGUUGGUGUUGCUGCUUAUGUUGGCUGGCAGAGCUCAUCAAUACUGAAACCUCUGCUUCAGCAAGGUCUCAGUGAUGCUGAGGAAUUUGUCAUUUAUAAAGCCCUCAAUGCUCUCACUUGUAUGUGCCAGUUGGGGCUCUUGCAAAAGCCCCAUAUUUAUGAGUUUGCUUGUGAUAUUGCACCUUUCCUGUGUCAUCCUAAUCUGUGGAUACGUUAUGGUGCUGUCGGGUUUAUCACUGUGGUAGCACAGUACUUGAAUAUUGCUGAUGUCUACUGCAAGCUAAUGCCAUACCUCCAUCCUUUUAUCACACAACCAAUAAUACAGAUCGAUAAGGAGAUGGUGCUGCUCAGUGUGCUCAGGGAGCCCGUCAGCCGCUCCAUCUUUGACUAUGUGCUAAGGUCCAAGGACAUCACCAGCCUCUUCCGGCACCUGCAGAUGCGCCAGAGGAAGAGGAGCGGUGCCCUCCCGGACUGCCCCCCCCCCGAGGACCCUGCCAUUGCACAGCUCUUGAAGAAGCUACUUUCACAAGGGAUGACUGAGGAGGAAGAAGACAAACUGUUAGCACUGAAAGACUUCAUGUUAAAAUCAAAUAAAGCUAAAGCCAAUAUAGUGGAUCAGAGCCACCUUCAUGACAGCAGUCAGAAAGGAGUGAUUGACCUGUCAGCUCUGGGAAUAAUGGGGAGACAAGUGGAUCUUGUUAAAACAAAGCAGGAGCCUGAUGACAAACGUGCUAGAAAACACAUAAAGCAAGAUUCAAAUGUAAAUGAAGAGUGGAAAAGCAUGUUUGGGUCCCUGGAACCACCUAACAUCUCCCAGCCAAUACCCAAAGGACAUGGGCAAGCUGCUGAUCCUGAAGCCAUCCAGGCGGGGAAACCACUUCGUUCCGAGUCCUCCGCUGGCAUUUGUACCACUUUGUCAUCCUCCCCACAG